AUUUUGAGAAGAAUAGUAUAUUUUCGAAAAACAUUUAGAACCUGAGCUAGGAUCUAAAGCAUCAGUGAUAAAAUUUUUAACUCCCGUUGGUUCUAUCCUUGCUUACAGGAUGAAAAAGAGGAAGAGAAGCUUGAUCUUAUCCUCUGUUUGUAUGUGGUCUUGGGAGAAUAAGAUAUGGUUUCCUUGUAUAAACUAACUUUUAUUGCUAAUUCUACUUAAACUUGUGUAAAGAAUUUUACCCAUCGAUUAAAUUUCUUUCUCUUUAUCUAUAUUAUAUUAAGAUGAUAUAUAGUUUAUCAAAUUAUUCUAGGAUGAACAGAUAUUACAUCUUGUCGAUGGAGUGAGAAAAACGAAAAAACAUUUACAAGAAACGCAUGAACAUCUUAAAAGAAAUGGUGAAUGGCAGUCACAUAUACUCACUACAAUUGACAAUGAAAAGUCAACCAUUGGAAAUAUAGUCGAAGAAAUUCACAAUGAAUUGAAUACUAAUGUGACGACUAUUAAACAAACCAUUCAAACAAUCCUCAGCAGUAAGAUAAAAGAACUUGAACAUUCCUUGGCAUCUGGUCUUACACAAUUCAAUGAUUUAGAAAAAAAGUUUCAACAUGAAAAUGAACAAUCAAUAAAAACAAUUGAAAGUUUAAAACAACAAAAACAACAUUUAGAAUUGCAAUUAGGUGAAAUAAAUAAAACUCUAUUACAAGUAUCUGAAACAUUGUCAGAAACAAGUCAAACUGCUGAAACCGAAAAGCAGAAACUAGAAAAAGAAUUGGUAAGUAGUACGCAUGUGUAUACAUGUAUGAUGAUAACAGAGGCAGCGGAACGUUCCCAAAUGGGGUAAGGCUCGCGGUAAGAAAAGCAGCAAAUUUAGAAAGUUUUUCGAGAAAGCGCAGUUUUUCGUAAUAAAAGUUUUCAUAACAAGAACAAGCAAGCAAACAAGGAAAUAGUUUUAUGAGUUCAAUUCGUCAAAAUAAAAUGUUAGCUCGAGCUCUAUGAAUCCAAGCUGUUUUCACUCAGACUCCCAAAAAAGUGAUGUUCCGAGCAAAAAGGCCAAAAAACGGAUAAAGUUUGCGGUAGACUAAUCAAAGUAAAUUUGUUUGAAAAACGUGGCAUAUCUAUAUGAUUAAAGGAUCACUACGCUAUUUUGAACAAAAGACAAUAUAU